GUCCUCGGCAUCACGUGACCACUGGAGUCACAUGACCCGCUGGUGUUCUACGUGACGUCACAGGUUCACCCGGACAGGAAGUUGUUGUUGAUGCUGCUGCUGGCCAGCACACUCAGGCAGGUAUCAUGGCAGCUGCAGCCCCUUCCUUCAACGUGGACGCCCUGCGGGAGGUGCUGGAGUGCCCCAUCUGUAUGGAGACCUACACAGAGGAGCAGCUGCGGCCCAAGCUCCUGCACUGCGGGCACUCCACCUGUAGGCAGUGUCUGGAGAAGCUCCUGGCCAGCACCAUCAAUGGCGUCCGCUGCCCUUUCUGCAGCAGAGUGACCCAUGUGGGCAGUGUGAGCCAGCUGUCAGACAACCUGACCGUGCUGAAGAUCAUUAACACGGCAGAGCUGGGCCAAGCUGUCACCAGGCUCAUGUGCAAGGACUGUGGCCGCAGGUUGCCCAGGGGCUUCUGCAAGAGCUGUGCUGUGCUGCUGUGUGAGGCCUGCAGGGAAGAGGGCCACAGCCAGCCUGGACACCCUGUGCUCUCAUUGAGGGAUGCUGCCAAUGAGUCCAGGAGGCUGCUGGAGGGGAGGCUCACACGGCUUAGACAACGAAUGCUGGACAUACAGAAGAGGAAGGCCUCCCUGGAAGGCAUCUCAGCCAUGCUAAAGUGCAAGUACAAGGCAGUGCUACAGGACUACAACAAGGAAGAGUCCCGUGUCCAGGAAGAGCUAGCCAGGUCUCGCAAACUCUUCACUGCUUCUCUGUCUGAAGUGGAGAAGAUCAACACACAGCUCCUGGACGAGCAGGCAUACCUGCUGAACAUCACCGAGGUCCAGUUGGUGUCCAGAUGUGAUUACCUUCUUCUCAAGAUAAAACAAUCAGACACCGCUCUUUUGGAAGAAUCUGUGGAUGAAGAGGAACCUGAACUUGCAGCUGAUUUGCCCAAAGAGAUCACCUUGCAAGAUGCAGAAUUCUUUAAAGUAGGUUAUGUUGACCCUCUGCAGGUAGGAGAAGUGGUCAAGAAACCAUACACUGUGAAUGUGCAGGAGAUUCAGCCUGAAAUUUCGGGUUUUUCACUGGUUCCGUGUAAUGAUCUAGAGAUGUUGUCAGAAGAAGUUAGCACUGUGGUGGCACAGUGUCCUUCACCUCCCAUCAACCGGAUACCAGAAGCAGCCUGCAACUUGCAGCAGUGCCAGUUCCUCAGGAAGAUGGGGUCGAAAGGCAAUAUGCCAGGCAUGUUUAAUCUCCCUGUCAGUCUGCACAUAACUCCACUGGGAGAAGUGCUUGUGGCUGACAGGGGUAACCAUAGAAUCCAGCUUUUUAACAGGAAAGGCUUUCAUAAAGAAAUCAGACGAAGCCCAAGUGGCAUUGACACUUUUGUGCUGAGUUUCUUGGGGGCAGAUCUCCCCAAUUUAAUUCCACUUUCGGUAACUGUAAACUGCCAUGGACUGAUUGGAGUUACAGACCACUAUGAUAACUCUGUGAAGGUGUAUACAAUGGAGGGACGCUGUAUCACUUGUCACAGGAGCCAACUGAGCAAGCCAUGGGGCAUCACAGCCAUGCCAUCCGGUCAAUUUGUAGUCACUGAUGUGGAAGGGGGGAAACUGUGGUGUCUUACUGUAGAUCGCAGUCUGGGAGUUGUCAAAUACAGUCGUCUCUGUAGUGCUGUUCGUCCAAAAUUUGUAACUUGUGAUCAGGAAGGUACUGUGUACUUUACCCAAGGUCUAGGCCUGAACCUGGAGAACCGGCAAUGUGAGCAUCAUCUUGAAGGAGGCUUUUCUAUUGGCUCUGUGGGGCCUGAUGGCCAGCUGGGUCGACAAAUUAGUCAUUUUUUCUCUGAGAAUGAGGACUUCCGAUGCAUUGCGGGAAUGUGUGUUGGUGCCAGGGGAGAUUUGAUUGUUGCAGAUAGUGGUCGCAAAGAAAUUCUUAAUUUUCCUAAAAGUGGAGGAUAUAGUGUAUUAAUUAAAGAGGGAUUGAUUUGUCCUGUAGGUGUUUCUGUCACCCCAAAGGGGCAAUUGUUGGUCCUUGAUUGUUGGGAUCACUGUAUUAAAAUAUACAGUUAUAAUAUACGCAGGUACUCUACACCUUAGGAAUAAAGUUAUAAAAAUCAUGAGCUGUGCCCAAGUCAACGUGAAUUUUUUAAAAAAAUAUCCAUUCCAGUAAUGUGAACCCAUGUAGUGAGCUACGAGUAUUUUUUUCAUACGGCUCCUAAUAUGAAGUCUUUUAUUUGUAUCCUCUAGGUUCUGUUUAGACAAUGUUUGAAUUCUAUCCUAUUUGUUUAGGUCCUCUAAAUGUUGAUAGGCACUGAACAUUUUUCAGAUCACUACAUGCACCUUCCACUAUCAAUGUUCAUUUGUUCUAACAUACAUUGUGCAUGUUGCUAUAAUUAGGAGAAUGCAUGGUUUAAUACGUUUUAAUUAAGAGUAAGUUAUCUCAGAUAAUGUUUAUAGACUUCUCGAAAGACGCAUUUCUUUUAAAUGGGGGCCAACAACCAAGGUACUCUGUUUUCACUGACACAAAUUGUGUCAUUAAAAAGAAAGUCUCCAAAUGUUUUUACUUAAUUGCAAUGUUCAUUGUUUGGGAAGCAUAUCUUAUUUCCCCUCAUUAAUUGGUAUAUUACACAAUAUAUAAAAACAUGGAUAUGCCAGGAUGGAAGAAGGUUUUUGGUUUUUUUGCAUGCUGAUAAAGAAAAUGUUCAAUUUUGAGUACAAAAGGGUAUUGCAUAUUUCCCUUCAUUGCGAGUAUUCAUAUUCUCCAAUAUUUAUUUCAUGCAUGAAUCACUAAUUUCUGGUAAUGCAAUAUUAUUUUGCUUUAGUUGAGGAUGUUAUUAUGGAAUAUGGUUUAUAAAAGGAAAACAACUGAAAGCUUAAUUUUUUAAAAACUAUUUAUUAACAGUAGUAAUCACAACAUGGGUUCUGGUUGAUCACUCAUACAAUAAAUUAAUCUCAUGUAAAUAUGCCCAUACUAAAUGUCACAAGAACAUACUAUAAUGUUGCUAUUUCUUCUAAUACCCAUUUGAUGUUAUAUAUAUAUAUAUAUAAUGGUGAAAAAAGAUUUACAUUUACACGUUUUAGUAGGCAUCUCUGUGCCAAUCACUCAGAAAAAUUAUUGAAUUUAAGAUCUCAGAAUGAAAGCGAUUUAGAAAUUUAAAUUGCAUUAAAGGACCAUUCUAGUCACCCAGACCACUUCAGCUCAAUGAAGUGGUCUGGGUGCCAGGUUCCCCAGGUUUUAACCCUGCAGCUGUAAACAUAGCUGUUUCAGAGAAACGGCUAUGUUUACAUUGCAGGGGUAAUCCAACCUCUAGUGGCUGUCUUCCUGACAACAGCUAGAGGCGCUUCCCCGACUCUCAAUGCAAAAAUCGCAUUGAGCAUGCAGAACGUCCAUAGGAAUGCAUUGAGAAAUGCUUUCCUAUGGGUGUUUUUUGAUGCGCGCACGGCUCUUGCCGCGCAUGCAAAUUUGGCUCCACUUUGGAGCUGACGUCAGAGUGGGAGGAGAGGUCCCCAGCGCCGAGGGAGCCUGGCGCUGGGUAAAGGUAAGUGGCUGAAGGGGUUUUAACCCCUUCAGCCCAGCGGGAGGGGGGACCUAAGGAUUAUAUAGUGUCAGGAAAACAAGUUUGUUUUCUUGACACUAUAGUGGUCCUUUAAGAUACAGUCACUGUUCCCCAUGUUCUGCUGCAAUAAGAUUGUACUUUUCCACAGUGGCUAUCAUGUUAGAACUUAAAUUGCUAGAACUUCAAAAUUUGCAUGUAUCCCUGUGUGAAAACAAGGGAUCUCUAGAGUGGUUUGAGAAUUGGUUCUGUACAAUAAGACAUCUUACGUGAUUAUCCCACGUACCAUAUUCUAUAUUUCAAGUGGAAUAGAGUGUGCCUAUUUAAUUGGAUGAAGCCCUCAACAACAAAUACAGACCAAUUAGAAAGUAAAAUUAAUUUUCUAAAACAAUCAGUUAUUAACACUGACGACUCACGUUAGUGUCACCUUUUAAAGUUUAUGCUGUGUGACACAUGCCAUGCAGAAAAGCCUGUAUGAUUCCGAUCAAAACAAUGUAUUCAAGGGUAUGUAUUAUAUUAUUAAGCAGAGAUGAAUUUGCACAUUUAAUCAAUGUAGAUCAGAGUAACCAUUUUUUUCAUGGGAGCUCCAGUUUAACAACAAAUUGGAAAGGCUACCUGUUCGUUUCCCUUUGUCUGGGAAAAACAUAUCUGUAUUUGCUGUUGUAAAAAUGUGGCAUAUUUGAUAAGUUUAAUGUUUUGAACAGUUUGUUACAUUGCUGGUAUAUUUUGGCCUAAUGCCAUAGAAUAGGAAAGAGUAGCUUACAAUAUUAGCAAUAUUACCGAUGUGAGUCUGCUCUUCCAUUGUAUUCUGUAAGUUUCAUUGGUGAAUAAAGGUGCCUUAUAUUUGUAAA